AAACCGAAGAGAUGGAACGACCGUAAGAAAAAGAAACCCUCAAAAUCUCAUUUCAUCUGCUUGGUAAGCGAUAAGAGAAGGAGAAGGAUCUGGUUUUCUUCGUUGGAGGAAAUCCAUGGCGCCCAAGUCUAAAGAGAAGCCAAAAGCGGCUGCUGCGCCGUCGCAGCCUCCUCCCCCUAUCGAAGAUCUUUUCACUUCACUCAACAGACACAUCCAACGAUCCGAAUUCACACAAGCCGUCAAAGUUGCAAAUCAAGUUCUGUCAGUUGCGCCGGGAGAUGAAGACGCCAUUCGAUGCAAAGUUGUGGCGUUGAUGAAGGCCGAUAAGAUUGAGGAUGCUCUCUCAGCAAUUCAAUCUGCUCAGAAGGUUUCUUUUGAUUUCAGUUUCUACAAGGCAUAUUGCCUAUACCGACAGAACAAGUUGGAUGAAGCUUUGAAGCUUUUGGAGAAGCAAGAUAAGACUCAACCUAGGAUGUUGUUAGAAUCUCAGAUUCUAUAUCGUCUAGGGAAAAUGGACGCUUGUGUUGAUAUCUGUCGAAAUCUUCAAAAAGCAAAGAUUGAUUCCUUGGAAAUAAAUUUGGUUGCUGGUUUGGUUUCUGCUGGAAAAGCUUCAGAAGUGCAAGGAACAUUGGAUACCAUUAAGAUCAAAGCUACCAGCAGCUUUGAGUUGGCAUACAAUAUUGCUUGUUCUUUAAUUGAAGGAAAUAAACUUAAGGAUGCAGAACAACUCUUGCUCACAGCCCGAAGAAUUGGUCAGGAAACACUGACAGAAGAAAACCUUGCUGAUGAGGACAUUGAGAAUGAGCUUGCUCCUAUUGCUGUCCAAUUAGCUUAUGUUCAUCAGCUCCUUGGUCAAACACAGGAGGCUGUUGGAGCUUAUACAGAUAUUAUAAACCGAAAUAUGGCAGAUGAACCUUCACUUGCAGCAGCAGUGAACAACCUUAUUGCUGUGAAAGGCCCAAAAGAUAUAUCUGAUAGCUUAAGGAAACUUGAUCGGCUUAAAGAGAAAGACUCGCAGAAGUUUGAGCUUGCGCAUGCGAUUGACUUGAAGCUUUCACCAAAACAAAAAGAGACACUAUAUUCGAAUCGUGUUCUACUCCUUCUUCAUGCAAAUAAGAUGGAUCAGGCUCGGGAACUUGUCUCCGUUUUGCCAGAGAUGUUUCCUGACAGUGUGAUGCCAGUACUGCUUCAAGCUGCUGUCUUGGUAAGAGAAAACAAGGCAGGGAAAGCUGAAGAAAUGUUGGGUCAAUUUGCUGAGGCAUUUCCUGAAAAGUCGAAGAUCAUACUCUUGGCAAGGGCACAGGUUGCUGCUGCUGCUGGUCACCCUCAAAUUGCAGCUGAAUCCCUUGCUAAGGUUCCCGACAUCCAGCACAUGCCUGCAACUGUUGCCACUCUUGUUACUCUCAAAGAGCGUGCUGGAGAUAAUGGUGCAGCCACUGUGCUUGACUCUGCAAUCCAAUGGUGGAAAUCUGCUAUGACUGAGGACAACCAGCUCAGUGUUAUUAUGCGAGAGGCUGCAUCCUUCAAGCUCAGGCAUGGCAAGGAGGAGGAAGCUGCCCACUUGUAUGAGGAGCUUGUAAAAGGUCACGGAGAUAUAGAAGCAUUAGUCGGGCUGAUAACUACAGUUGCUCGUGUGAAUGUUGAAAAGGCUGAAGCUUACGAGAAGCAACUGAAACCAUUACCAGGUUUGAAGGGGGUUGAUGUGGAUGCUUUAGAGAAAACUUCAGGGGCAAAACCUGUUGACGGUGCUUCUCGUGGCGGGAUUGCUGAUGCUCAAGAGGAUGGUAAGAUCAAGGAGAAACCAAAGAAAAAGAGAAAGAGAAAGCCGAGGUAUCCCAAAGGGUUUGACCCCGCAAAUCCUGGUCCUCCACCAGAUCCAGAAAGAUGGCUCCCAAAGAGGGAAAGGUCAAGUUACAGGCCCAAACGAAAGGAUAAGAGAGCAGCUCAGGUGAGAGGAUCCCAGGGUGCAGUGGUUAGAGACAAGAGUGAGUCUAGUGCUUCAGCUACCAAUUCCAGUACUUCAAACCCAAAAUCGAACCAAGCCACUAGUUCAAAAGGAGCUUCACAGAACGCUGAGCCAUCACGACCUCAAUCUAAGUCCUCAAGAAAGAAGUCUAGAAAGUAAUCAGAGGAAACGUGUUUGGGGUAAGGAAGUUUCAAACUGCUUGGCUUUAAUGUUAUUUGUUUCUUCAUGGAUCGUGAUAGACAAUAGUUGAACUAAUUAUGAUGUUUACUUUCAUAUAAAACCCUAUCAAAACUUGAGGAUAGUUUUUUGAAGGAGAGUUAAGGGUUUCAUAAUUUCAUUGGAUAUUUUUAUAUUCUAUUGUAUCUCUGUCAGUGGUCA